GUCGAACCGCGGUGGCCGCCAUCUUGGAUUAUGUCACAGGAAGCGGUUUGAACAGGUCACUGAGGCGCGUGCUGCUGACAUUUAAAAACGUUGUUUAACUUGUAAUGGAUCCUAACCUGCUGCAGUGGAAAACUCUCGGACAGUCUUUUGUCCAGCGGCUGCACACCUGGUUCCAGGUGUUGGACCCGUCCCUGCUGUUCUCCUCACAUGCUCAAAUCCAGAAGGCCCACGAGGCUCUGGCUGCAGGUGAGCAGCUGAAUGAAAAGGAGAAAGCUGCAGUGAUCCUCUCCCUG